ACAAGAAAAUAUAAUAUAGGUACAUGAUUAAAAUAUAUUUUUAUUUAGAUACUAUAUUAAAAAAUAUAAUAAAUCAGGGCUAAACGGGUAUUAUUCCCCUUUGCAAAAUCUACCGAUGGCAAGAUGUGGGUAAAAUCAAAAAGCAAAGUCCGAUGAGAUUAAAAGGCACUAACAAGAACAGUUAGAGAAAGCUCAGCUUUCCCAGCAAAACAAUGGCCUUUCUUCUCUCGAUUCAACACACUCCUAAAAUGACCUUACAGCCCUUUGCUGUUCUUAACAGACCUCAGAAAAUGAGAGUUCCAUAUGAGCUGAAACAAGGACAGUCGCGUAUUUUGCAUCAGCUUCCCUCUGGUCUGAACAUGGAGGUUAUCGUGCAGAAGAGUAGUGUGAAAGAAAAAAACCCAGACGAGAAAAAGGCCCCACCUUUGGUUUUUGUUCAUGGAAGUUACCAUGCAGCUUGGUGUUGGGCUGAACAUUGGUUGCCUUUCUUUUCUAAUUCUGGCUUUGAUUGCUAUGCUCUUAGCUUGCUUGGUCAGGGUGAAAGUGAUGCACCUUCUGGAACUGUUGCUGGUUCUCUUCAGACACAUGCAGGUGAUGUUGCUGAUUUCAUCCAGAGAAACCUGGACCUGGCACCAGUCUUACUUGGACAUUCAUUUGGAGGCCUUAUUAUCCAGUAUUACAUUGCAAAUAUGAGAAAUGAACCACAUUCAGAUAUGGAAACUUUGUACCCCAAACUUAGAGGUGCUGUGUUAGUCUGUUCUGUUCCUCCUUCGGGUAAUCGUGGCUUAGUGUGGCGGUAUCUCAUUUCCAAACCUGUUGCUGCUUUUAAGGUGACACGCAGCCUAGCUGCUAAAGCUUUUCAAACUUCGCUCUCCCUUUGCAGGGAGACCUUUUUCUCUGCUAUAAUGGAGGAUAACCUAGUGCUACGUUAUCAGGAGCUAAUGAAAGAAAGCUCAAGGAUGCCAUUGUUCGAUCUAAGGAAGUUGAAUGCAUCACUUCCAGUGCCUAAAAUGACUAACUGUUCUACUGAAAUUCUUGUGUUGGGAGCAAAAGAUGACUUCAUAGUGGAUGCCAAAGGACUUAGAGAGAUAGGCAGUUUUUAUGAUGUGUCACCAAUCUGUAUCGAAGGAGUUGCCCACGACAUGAUGUUGGACUGUUCAUGGGACAAAGGUGCUAAUGUUAUACAAUCAUGGCUAAAUGGUUUGAGCAGAUAGUGACUAUGGAGGGAAUUAUAGAGGCUUUUCAUUUUCUCACGGCCAACGGGUAUGAAUAACUUUGUCAGCUUGUUUUUCCUGUUUUUGUGAGGCAAUGAUAAUUCUAGAUUUAACUCUAUUUUUGCUACUAUGAUAGUGUUGGAAUUUGAAGUUUGCAGUUUUUGGUUAUUUUGUUUUCGCUGGACAUCCAUAACUCAAUUGAAAUCUUUGACCCUGAGAGCCUGGGAUAAUUGAUUUUGUUUUUUUUUUUUUUUGUUUUUUUGUAUAAAGAAGGUCACAACUUAGGGAUAAAGAAAAGAAUUGUAGGUGUUGAAAUUUAAAUCUCAAAUCUAUUAAAUAUUACCUCAAGAGGUGAUUGCAUAAGCUAAUCGAACUAAGUUAUGGAUUCGGCAUAAUUGAUUUCAUAAAGAAAAAGAAUGAGAAGGGGGUAAAAGAAGUGAAGUGAAAGUUAAAUUUGACUGUUGAAUGAGAAUUGAAAUGAAUAAAAGGAAACUGAUCAUUAGUGAGAUGAUCUUCAAUUCUCUUAAAUUCAGAGUUUAGAGAGGAAACAAUGCUAGCUGUUUUAAUUUCAGUGACAUUUCAUGAGUUAUCUUCAAUUCUUUAACUAAAAGGAUAUUAUUUUCUAAUUUUAUUGGAUGAGAAUGGAAUAUUUGAUAACAUCAAAUUCAAGAUUUUGUUCCAAAAGCUUUCUAAAUUGUAUGCAAAUGGAUUAAGGUGCAUCAUUUAACUUUCUGAGUCAGAAAAUGCUAACUUUGUUCAUAUCAAGUAAGGGUAAAAAAAAAAUUUAUGAUGUUAAUAAUACAAAAGUAAAUACAACAU